AUGUCCCUACCUGGAUCCAGGGUGGAGGCUGAAAGAGACAAUUCCACGUUGGUAAGCCCGUUUCGAAAUGUAAAGCGUGAUGCGCAUCACCACACAAAUGAGACAUUGGGAGAAGAACUCCUCACGCCGGCAAGAUCGUCUCAGCGGGGAACGCGGCGGGAGCUCCUGACAGACCCCCAUUCCCACCCCAACUUGCCAUCCCCCGAGCCGCUACAGGCGUCAAGUGACAGAGGCCCCCUCCGUGCUGACUGGGAACAAAUCCGUAAGGAGUACCAUGUCCCUUGGCAUAAGGAAAGUCAAAAGAGGUCUCUGGUAAAUAACGGCAGUUAUUCCGGCGCCUCAACCCCUCGUCAACACUCAGUUUCUCACCGACGCUCGGAUCUCCGUCGACGCUCUGUUCCUCGUCGACGCACAGCUCGAGAAGGCUUGACCUCAGCUCUGGGGCAGGAUGCAAACGAUGCUUUGCAGCUCACUUCCCAUAGUCCCUACACGGCUCCAUUGGUUGUUCCUGAUAACGAGUGGCCUUUUAAAAUCAACAGCGGCCGCAGAAGCAUCCACCUUGGACGUAAUGAAGUUGGUGGGUCUAUGCGGAGAGAAGAAGAGUUUUCCUCUAUAUCACCUUCAUGUGAGGACAUGCGGGGAUCAGGGACGCUUUCACAGUCGCAUCGGCACAGUUUAUUUGUCUAUUCUAACCCGGAGCAGCGUCAUGAAGGGGAACCAGGCUGGCGGACGUUCGUGUCGACCGUGUCCACGCCAACUCAGCAGGACCUCACCGGCAGCGUACGAAGACGAGGAACCAGUCCCAGAAGAGCGUCUGUCACGAGGAGAGAUGAAGAGCGUCCGGCAACACCAAACAAGGUGAGGUUCUGCUUCAAUGCCGCGGAUGCCGUUGAAGUGUUCGGGGAUCGAUUUAUCUCGCCAGGGCGGAGCGGCGCAAUGGCGUCUGAGAUGCCUGCUCAUAAUAUGCUGGGUGCAGGACGGAUUUCGCAUCGGCCGCCUGAAGCCAUUGUGCCUGAAAGGGUGGGCGAGAAAAUGGCGGACUUGCAAGCUCUUCUUGAAAAGGACCUGGAGACGCGGGAUGCGGGGGACGCGGCUCGCCUGGAAGACGGCUUUCCCGCCUCUAAGGUGGGGGUGAAUGGCGCGGAACCAAUUCCUCUUUUGCAAGGUGGCACAAACGACCUGAACACGAACGCCUCCCGAACGGCGUAUAACGCUAACGUGCCCAGCGCGGCGGCGGAGACAGGCGUGGGGGUUAACGAAGCAGCCGUCGUGGCGGCCCCGCCGCAGGCGCCUAAUGACAACGCAUUGAAUUCUUCUGCUAAAUUGAAUGACCAUUAUUUGCAGGGGCCUGCUAAAGCUGCCGGCGAGGUGCGUGAGUUGGGUGAAGGGGCUACCGCACUAGGGAGGGAGAUCGCAAAGUCCACCAGUGCAUACACCAAAAAUGGGUCACCAACGUCGAUGCCUCUCGACGAGAGCCCAAAGCCGUUUUCAUCUGCAAAACGCCGGGAUGAAGCGAGUGCGAAAUCCACAACUGCUGCCUCGCCCCCAUCCAGCGGUGUGGCAGGGUCGCAACAAGAUACCAAGGCUGUCACGCAACAGCUAAAUCCCACAAAUGCCACGUCAGCUUCACCUGGCUACGUCGAUGCAAACGUGACGAAGACCAAUAACCUCGGUAUGCAUACCAUUCAACGAGAUGCUGCAUUGGAGGGGGAAAACUUGACUCCUCAGGCCUCGCUUAGCGGUGGAGCAGGAGCGUUGGAGAUUUCUGGUAUAGAAGGAAGUCGAGAUGCAUCCAGUGCAGCGGGAAUUGCGGCUGGAUACGGCCCUGUGGCAGAAAGCAUUCGUGCGGCAGGUAACAGCGAAGCGAAAUCUGUGGAUUUCACGGUAGAAAGUCCUGUGGCGGAUCUUGAUUCUCCUCUCAGUACGUUCUCGUGGCCGGUGAUCUCCUGCUCGAGCAAAGAGGAACUGAGGCCCGUAGCUUUGCCUAGAGCCGAGUUUAUGGUACGCUGCCUCUUGGACAUCUGA